AUGAGGUCGUUGGAGGUGCAGAAAGACUCCAUAUUGGCUGCAAUAGUUAUGGAAUGCGUUAAAAAUAAGCCAUCCAACACCAGUUAUCACAGUUCUGUGUUGUACCAGCGCCUUAGUGCACCAGAGACACGGAAUCUCGUUUACCAAUGCUGUUUAGAGCUUGUCGACGAUUCUCAACGGCGCCGAGAUAUAGGGCAAUUGUUGCUGAACUACAUUUCCAGCUUUCCACCCUCACAAACAACCCUGCAGGCGAUUGCUAGUAAGUGUAAACCGCACGCAGCAAGUCGUUCCCCCUACAGCAGCAUUUACCAGGAGUUGAAGGUAGUGGUUGAAACGUACCUGAACCACAAACCUCUUGGCUAUAUGCUUGGUCGUACACUCCAGCCUGAAAAGGAGAGCAUCACAUUUCGUCAAAGUGAGUUGAGCAUUAAUCCAGGUUACAUUCAAAAGUGUAAUCUGCAGCCGCCAGUGACACAGGGUACGGAAAAAGGCAAACACGUUGUUCCCUUUUCUGGCUGGUCUGAUGAUGAUAUCACCUCUACCGCAAGGGAAAAGAACAAGACGCGCAGUCGGCUGUGGACUGUCAAGUAUCAAGUAGUUGGUUGCAAAGACUAUGUCAAUCAGUUGCCACUGGAAUGUACUGAAACCCUUAUUGAACAGCAAGUUCGCGUGCUCAAUUCGUUCUGGGAAAAGUACAAUACUAGCGUUGAGGUUGUUCGGGCUACGUCGUUUUUAAUUAAACUUAUGUGCGACGCGUAUGUUUCAAAAAUCCCCCUACAAUCCAACUACUCAUUCUUCCGUGCGGUAAGCAUUUGUUAUCUUCCAACAUUGUUCGAGAUGAUGAGCAGUACUUACGCCUGCGUUCGUAGUCACGUGUACGACAUAUUGUUGACUUUGGGCAUGCACUUCCAGCUGGUUGACACACAAGGACUCUUCCCUGGUUGUACCGAGGCGUUGGAAGAGGAAUUGAUCUGGUUACUGCUGACAGUCCUUAGGAAGCAGUCCAUGUGUGAGGGAGAUGAUGAGAUGAUAUGGACGAUAGCGGCGAAGUGCACAAUUGUAGUGAUACCCCGACACAAACAUCACCUUAUUGACUGUCGGGCACUCUAUCAGUUGAUGAAACUUCCGACGGUUAUCACGUUCCAUCCUCAUCUCUACACCACCUUUGCCGAGGCUUUUGCUAAGAGGGUGUUGAGGUGGGACCCGUCAGGUGAUGAUGCGGAGGACAUGAUCGCCCUGGAUGAGGAUGAGUUCAACAAAUGCGGGAAUCAACCUGUCGCGAAGUUGCUCUUCCUGUACAGACAAGCAAUGACAUUAGGCGCGCGGCUAGCCUUUUUUCAGGUUCUCUUUACACAUACGGUGAUGGUGUUACAAUCCCGCGCAACGUUGCCGCGAUUGUAUCCACGAAUAUUAAGGCGAUGCUACAGUGAGUUGGUAAGAGUGGGAUUUCACUGGCAUCUUCACUCGUUGCUUUUUUACCAGUCGCGCCAAGUUUUUCGUGAACUCCCUGGCCAUAUUACGUAUGACAUGGACGUUGAGGUUGUUAGGGAUUACAAAAUGGAAGUGACGGCAAUAGUACAGUGCAUGUUGCAAACCGUUGAAGAUAAUGUGCGCCUUCCAGACGUUAUAAGGAGCGCGUUUAGAAAUGCGGUGGGAACGCGUGUGGAGGAGCGGACUGCCCUUGCCAGGGUGGUAUCUGAAUGCGUAACUUUGAUUCCAGCUAUGCUGAAAGAGGAUACUGACGGCGUACUGUACAACAUUGGGUGGCAUACGGCACUAUACUGUAUGCGAUUAAGCCGUGAAAAGUUGGAUUCUGACGAGAGUGUAGCCUUGUUGGACAAAUUGGCAACCAAUCUGGUUUCCUUUUCUGAGUUUAAAGAUCGCACGGAGCUCACAAAGAUAAAGGGAGCUUGUCCAGAUAUAUUAGCUGCGCUGAUGUUCUUAGGUAGGAAACAUCCCAACCAAGCUGUGGAGCCGUUCAGUAUAUUAAUUGAAAAAUUUCUCCAUGACACUGCGGUAGUUGACAGCCAAAGCGUCAUGCAAUUGUACUACAGACUCUUUGGUUCCCUUGCCAUUCAGAAUGGGCCGUUUAAGGGCGCUCAGCGGGCUGACAUUUCGCAGUUGCUUUGCAGUGAGCAGCUUGUUACUGCGCAGCCCAUUAUAGACGGUAUUGGUUCACGUGUAUUGUGGGCCCUCUACCGUUCGCUCUGUACGGUGCAAACCGCUUCUGCCUGCCGGGCCCGCCACGUAUUGGCUUCUUUUUUGGAGGAGUUGGAUACUUCCGGUGGAAGCAGUCAUUCCUACUCUUGGAAAACUAUAAUGGACGACCCAUACCCCCCUGUGGCACUGAUAGGUGCUCAAAGGAUUCUGCAAAUGUGCGGCAGAACCGCCUACGACCGCUUCGACGAGGCAAUGAACACACCAGAAAAAAGUGAAAAGUGUGACUCAGUGUACGUCCUCGCUCUCAAGGUCAUCCAAUUAGCAGAGUCAAGGAAAGAGUGA